AUGAAUGAGGAUAGUGAAAAUAUUGGGCCUUUUAGUGAUGAAAAUGAGGCUUCUACUGAAGGCAUUGGGCCACUGAACAAUGAUAAAGAGGGUCGGCCUUUUACUGAGGAUCAUGGGCCUACUUGCAGAGUUGAAGACUGGGUUUCAAGUGAUGAUAAUGGGCCCCUGAACAAUGAGGGUAGUAGGGUUGAUAUAGGUAACACUGAUAUGGAAGACAGUGAAGGUAGUGAAGAAAAAUACAAGGAAGAGGACCCUGAUUUUGUUGACAGUGCUUAUGAGCAGAGUGAAAAUGAAUGUGAGUUGUUGACAAAGGACGAUAAAGCAUUUGAAAAUUAUGUAGAUCAGCCAGAAGUAGUUGAAGACCCAAAUGCCCCUGUAGAUGAAGAUCGGGAGUCAAUUGAUGUAGCUAAAAAUGAUGUUGAGAGCUUGGAUAGUAGCUCAUAUGAUGAGGAUGAUGGGAACCAUAAGAAAAGGAAGAAGAAACAGCCCAAAUUUCAAGAAUUUAGGCCUGAAACAGACAUGCACAAUCCUGUGUUUAAGCUGGGUUUAAGGGUGAGGGCAGUGUGUGCAGGAAAUUGGAAGUGGGUUUGUUUUGCUUCAGCACUGAAUGAUAAUGAAUGGGUUCAAGUGAAGAAAUUGGUUGAUAAGCAUGAUUGUGGGACAGUUGAUCACAACUUUCAUGCUAACUCAACAUGGUUAGCUCAGAGAUAUGCUACUCAACUGUCUAGAAAGAAUAAUUGGGAUAUGAGAACUUUUAAGCAGCAGUAUGAAUUAUUAUGGGAUUAUGCUGCUGAACUAAGAAGGACAAAUGUGGGUAGCACAGUCAUUAUCAAUGUGAGUUGGAGGGUGAAAGGCGAAGAGGACCUUGAAAUCGAAAACAGCGGCGGAUAUGUCUUUAUCAUAGACAAGCAAAAGGCUUGA